AUGGGGGAGAAGGAUUUUAAAACUUAUGUAGAUCAGGCAUAUAGAGCUGUCGAGGAAUUUGUCAAUAUUUACUAUGAGACAAUGGAUAAAAGAAGACGGGCACUAACCAGGCUGUAUCUGGAGAAGGCCACUUUAAUAUGGAAUAGAAAUGUUGUUACAGGGCUGGAUGCCCUGACUAAUUUUUUUGAGAUGUUGCCUUCCAGUGAGUUCCAGGUCAAUAUGUUAGAGUGCCAACCAGUUCACGAGCAAGCUACCCCGUCCCAGACGACAGUUCUUGUUGUGACCAGUGGAACAGUGAAGUUAGAUGGAAACAAACAACACUACUUCAACCAGAACUUCCUGCUGACUGCUCAGUCCAGUCCUACCAACACUGUAUGGAAGAUUGCUAGUGAUUGCUUGCGUUUUCAAGAUUGGGCUAGUAGUUAAGGGAGGGAGUCCAUUCUCCUUUCAUCUAUUAGUUCCAGCAACACAAAUUUAUGUGAAAUUCAUUCAUUUUAUUGUGGAAGCAUUCUAAACUAGUAUGUGAUAAGAUAAAAUUAAUUUCUUUAAUUUUUUUAUUCCUGGCAGCACCUUUUCUAGUAGCUGCCGAUUUGAAUCAUGGCCCUUAAGAGCUUUAAUGCUAGGUUUUUACAUGCCUUAUCUACAUUCUAGUAAUGGCAUUCUUAAAGUAAUAUCAAAUACAUGAUUUUGGUACUAACAUUCUCACUGUGAAACCAGCCUAUCACAAAAAUAAAA